GCAGCGGUACCUAAUAUCUGAUAAGUACUGGAAGACAUAUGAUGGUGUUAUACUUUUCUACACUGGCAACGAAGGGGACAUUACCUGGUUUUCGAAUCGUACGGGGUUCAUGUGGGACGUUGCUGAGAAGCUGAAAGCUUUGCUGGUCUUUGCUGAGCAUCGAUACUACGGGGAAUCCCUUCCCUUCGGCGAGGACUCAUACAAGGAUUCCAAGCACUUGAACUUCCUGACCUCAGAACAGGCUCUGGCUGAUUUUGCAGAGUUAAUCAGACACUUGAAAAGAACAGUUCCAGGAGCAGAUGGUCAGCCUGUCAUCGCCAUUGGGGGCUCUUAUGGCGGCGUGCUUGCAGCCUGGUUCAGGAUGAAAUAUCCUCACUUGGUAGUUGGAGCCCUUGCAGCUUCUGCCCCUAUCUGGCAGUUUGCAGAGUUGAUUCCCUGCGGUGUGUUUAUGAAGAUUGUAACUGAAGAUUUUAGAAAAAGUGGUGUAAAAUGUUCAGAGAGCAUCCUCAGGUCUUGGGGUGCCAUUAACCGACUCUCAAAUACGGGCAGUGGUCUACUGUGGCUCACGAGAACCUUUCACCUGUGUUCCCCCCUAAACUCUGAGGACAUCCAACGCCUGAAAGACUGGAUCUCCGAGACCUGGGUCAACCUGGCCAUGGUGAACUACCCAUACCCAGCCAACUUUUUAAAGCCUUUGCCUGCGUGGCCUAUCAAGGUUGUUUGCCAGUACCUGACAAAUCCCUACAUGUCUGACUCCAUGCUGAUUCAGAACAUUUACCAAGCUAUGAAUGUGUAUUAUAAUUUCUCAGGCCAGUCCAAAUGCAAUAAUAUUUCCGAAACAACAAUUGGCAAUUUGGGAUCCCGGGUUUGGAGCUAUCAGACCUGCACAGAAAUAAUUCUGCCUUUUUGCACGAAUGGCAUCAACGACAUGUUUGAACCACGUGCAUGGGAUUUAGAAAAGUACUCUGAUGACUGUUAUAAACAGUGGUCUGUGAGGCCACGCCCUUCCUGGAUCACUACCAUGUAUGGAGGCAAAAACAUUGGCACACACUCAAACAUCGUUUUCAGCAAUGGCGACCUAGACCCGUGGUCAGCAGGUGGAGUCACUGAAGACCUCUCUGAUACCUUGGUGGUGGUCAACAUUCCAGAGGGAGCCCACCAUUUAGAUCUGCGAUUCAGCACUCCCACAGAUCCACCAUCCCUGCAGUUAGCCCGCUCGGUGGAAAUCAGACACAUGAAACAAUGGAUCUCAGAUUACUAUAGCAAUUACAGAAGGAUGCCCUGAGCAGUUUCUAAAAAUCACUUUUACUUCUUUUAUGUUCGCUCCACCCACAAACCCAUUCACUUUGAUUUUUUUUAAAACAUGUAAUUACUUUCUCUCAUUUGUCAUUGUAUUUGUUGGGCCAAGGUUGAGACAGAAGAUAGUGACAGGGGUGGGCGCAGCCAUCCCACCCUGGUGGCUGCUCCAUCUUCACUGACGUGGUUCCUGACUGCCAUUCACCAGGAGAGCCUGCUCUCUCACAAGUGGGGACCGUCUCCUUGGUUUUGAGGUUGAAGUCUCUCUGGCCCAUUGUACGUCCCCACUCCUGCCACAAAAGGGAAAGCAGAAGCUGGAUUAGAAAGGCUGCGGCUGCAGCCGGUAGGAUGUGCGAUGCCUGCCGAUCCAGGAAACGGGGCCGCCUCCUUUGUACGCUGAUUGACUGUGACUGUGCUGCAAUAAAGAACAAGGCAGGCCUA